GAGAAAAGUAAGAGAGUUGUGCAAUUUAACAUUUUCAUUUCAAUUCCUAUCCCAAUUUCUUAAUUAACUGUUUGUAAUGUUUUGGCGCACCACAGAUCCAUCAUCCCAUCAUACUCUUCCGUUUUCCAGAUUCACUCAGUCCUUUCACAUUUCACCAUCAGAAACCCACCAGAAAUCAACUUAAAACCCCUCUAACUGAAGAUUGUAUUGAUUAUCUCUGCACAGCUGCCAAGAAGACGAAGACUUUUCGUUGGAGAAUUUGGGGAAAAAUUAAAUUGAAGCUCGAUUUUUGUUUAAUCGACUUGUGAAGAUGAGAAACGCCAAAAUCAAUCGCGUUCCAGAUGAAUUCUAUUGACCCCAAAAGUUUUCAGGACCUUCAAAAAAUAUUUUUUUAUUCCUGUUGAGAUGGAAGAGGUAGGUACCCAGGUGGCAUCUCCUGUAGCCAUCCACCAAACACUUCAGCAAAGAUUUUUCAACCCAACUCAUCCAAUGGUCAAGAAACGUGGUUUCAAUUUUCAUUCCCAGAGCAUUUCUCCUCAGAACCCUUCUCCGGAUAACUGGAAUCCAAAGUCAUGGGAUUGGGACAGUGCAAGGUUUGCUGCUAAACCUGUGCAAACUGAUGAAUCCCAAGUGGGAAAUCACAUGAGGCCUGGCCAUACAGGAAAAGAUGCUGAAAAUUUGCGGCUUUUAGCGGAAGAACCACAGCAGCAGGUUUCGAGGCCGAACAAGAGAGUGAGGUCCGGAUCGCCCGGCAGCAUUAACCAUCCAAUGUGCCAGGUGGACGACUGUGAGGAAGACCUUUCCACUGCAAAGGACUAUCACAGGCGGCAUAAGGUAUGCGAGGUUCACAGCAAAGCUAGUAAGGCUUUGGUUGGGAAGCACAUGCAGAGGUUUUGUCAGCAGUGCAGCAGGUUUCACCCGCUUUCGGAAUUUGAUGAGGGAAAGAGAAGCUGUAGGCGUAGGCUAGCUGGGCAUAAUAGGAGGAGGAGAAAAACUCAGGCUGAAGAGACUACUCCACGGGUGUUAGUUCCUAGUAGUCCACAAAGAAAUAGCAACUGUGAUGUGAAUGUCUUCAAUUUAUUGACAGUGCUAGCUCAUGCACAAGGAAACACUGGGGACAAUAGUGGUAAAUCCUCAUCAGCACCUGAAAAAGAACACUUGCUUCAAAUUCUCAGCAAAAUAAACUCUCUGCCCUUACCCGCAAACAUAGCAUCCAAGCUGCCCCUCCCCAAAAACACAAGUUCAAGUGUCCCUAAUCACACAAGCCCUAAAAAUCAGAACCAAACAACUGGGGAUGCUUCUCGUCCAUCAACCAUGGAUUUGCUAGCUGCUCUUUCGUCAGAAGCUCAAUCUCAACCGAGCUCUGAGGAUAGUGACUCUGAGAAAAGCAGGUCAGCUUUUGUUGACCCAGUAAACCUGUCCAGAGGAGAGAGAAUUAUGCAUCUCGAUUCUCCAACAGACGAAAUAGACGGUCACAAUGUUAGAGACACAUCUCCUGGCCUACAGUUACAGCUGUUUAGUUCCUCACCUGAGGAUAAUAGCUCAAGUAAAUUGCCAUCGGGUGGAAAUUACCUCUCGUCCAACAGCAGUAAUCCUUCUGAAGAGAGGUCGCGUGUGUCUUCUUCACCUCCACUCAUGCAUAAUCUGUUCCCCAUGCAGCCUUCGAGAGAAACAGUUAAUGCGCGUUUGUCAAACAGUGACGAUGAGCUUGCAUGUGUGAAAUCAAGAACAAGCAACGGGUGUAGUACGUCUCUUCAGCUCUUUGGAGGAGGCUUAAUCCAAGUUAAUGAGAAUGGUUCGCUUCAAAGUUCUCCAUGCGGAGUUGGUUACACAUCGUCUACGGGAUCUGACCAUUCUCCGUCUAGCCUGAAUUAUGAUUCUCAGUUCGUGCUCGAGCUGCUCCAGCUCGACUCGAGUUCGGUCAAACUCGAGCUCGAGUCGAGCUUUGACUCUAGCGCUCGGUUCGUUUGCAGCCCUAAUUUCGCACCAGCCUAUAUGGAAUCUGUGGAAAUUGCUGAUGUCAUCCAAUAUUCUAAAGAUGAUAUCAGCAAGUCCAGUUAUGGGGCAAAGUACAGGGUAGUCAAAUUUCAUGAUCGUACUUGUCGGAUAAUUUUCAAAUUGUUUGACAAGGAGCCGAGUCAGUUGCCUGGGUCGCUACGUAAUCAGAUAUACAGUUGGCUUUCUACCAGCCCAUCAGAAAUGGAAAGCUACAUCAGGCCCGGUUGCAUAGUUCUAUCCUUGUACUUGUCAAUGUCAUCUUUUACCUGGAAUCAACUUGAAGAAAACUUUCUUAAUUAUGUGGAAUCUUUGGUAAAAAAUGCUGAUGUUGGUUUUUGGGGAAAUGGAAGAUUUUUGGUUUACACAAAAAGAAAAAUGGCUUCCCAUAAAGAUGGAAAGACUCGUCUUUGUAAAUCCUGGAAAGCCUGGACUACUCCAGAGUUGAUCUCUGUGUCCCCUGUGGCAGUUGUAGCCGGUCAAGAGACAUCUCUUCUAUUGAAGGGGAUAAAUUUGGCCACCCCAGGCACUACGAUACAUUGCACACAUUCCAGUGGAUACAGUGUCGAAAAAGUUGCUUCAUGGUGCCAAGCCACUGGACAGGAUGAGAUUAGAUUAAGUAGGUUUAAAAUUAGUGGAGCUGCAUCUAACCUGCUUGGUCGCUGUUUCAUUGAGGUAGAGAACAGUUGUAGGAGCACUACUUUCCCAGUAAUUAUAGCAGAUAACACGAUAUGUCAAGAACUGAAGCUCCUGGAGCCUGAGAUCAAUGGCACAUCUGCCGAAGUUUGUGGGCCCAACAAUCCUGUUCAAGAUUCAGGGAGAUGCUGGUCCAGGCAAGAAGUCCUGCAUUUCUUGAAUGAACUUGGGUGGCUGUUUCAAAGAAAGAGUACCUCUUCCUUUUUCCGCUCCCCACGUUACAGGCUCUCUCGUUUCAAAUACCUUCUCGUAUUCUCUGUCGAGCAUGACUUCUGUGCCCUGGUCAAAACCCUACUAGACAUUUUGGUAGAAUUGAAUUUGGGCGCAAAAGGAUUGACAUUAGCGACGGAAUCUUUUGCGAUGCUAUCCGAGAUUCAUUUGUUGAAUCGUGCUGUCCGGAAGAGGUGUGGGACCAUGGUUGACUUGCUAGUUAAUUACUAUGUGGCCGACUUUGAUGGCUUAUCUCGGAAAUAUAUAUAUCCCCCAAAUUUGGCGGGUCCCAGUGGCCUCACGCCUUUGCAUUUGGCGGCCUGUAUGUCAUCUUCGGCUGCCAUUGUUGAUGCUCUGACAAACGAUCCACAGGCGAUUGGUUUGCAUAGUUGGAACUCAGUUCUGGAUGCAAACGGGCUCUCCCCUUACGCAUACGCCUCAAUGAGAAACAACCACUCUUACAACGACCUUGUUGCCCGUAAGCUUGCUGAGGUCGAAAACGGUCAGAUCUCCGUAUCAAUUACGGACGAGAUCAAGCCUAUCGAGGUGGAACCCGUUUCCAGCAACAAUUUUGCUGACAUCAGCAGCCAAAGCCCGAAAUCGGGAGGCCCUUGCUUGAGAUGCGCAGCCGCGUGUGCAUACAGUAAAAGAUUCCCGGGCUCAAACGGGCUUCUGCAGCGGCCGUACCUCAACUCAGUGCUCAUAAUUGCUGCUGUGUGUGUGUGCGUAUGUGUUUUCCUGAGAGGACAUCCGUUUCUUCGGAAGAGCAAUUUGUGCUCUCCAUUUGUGUGGGAUCAUCUGGGCUAUGGCACCUCGUAGGUUUUUUCUUAUAUCAUAGUUUGCUGAAAAAAUGGCCAAAGAAAAAGAGUAUUCAGUUGAGUUUGAUUAUUGGACGUGUGGGUAAAUGUACCUAGUAAUUGUGUUUUGUGUAGGUGUUUAUUCGAUUCAUUGUUAGUCAUUGCAGGCUGAGGUUUUGUUUACAGCCCCAAGUGAUCGGGGGGCAAGAAUCAAAAGUCUAUAAUUUGUAUUCCUUAUGUUAUAUUAAGUUUAUUCUUUGUAAUUCUGGAAGAUAGACCUGAUUAUUGUUUGAUAUUUGAUUACCGAGUUUACCUGUGAAAUUUUUGUACCUGUAAAUAAAUUCUGGUCUUUAUUCGAUAUUGG